AUGUGCAACACGGCCUUUGCGAUAGUGGAGUUUCCACAGAUACGUGAUAUGCAAAGAGAGACUUAUAAUCCCUACAUGUAUACAUCUAUAGGAUGCUCUUGCUGGCUCUUUUGCUUUUUCUUUUUCGAGUUGUGCUCUGCUCCAAUUGUUUUCCAUCAUUUAAAGGACAACACUGGCGAAAGGGGAAUGUCUACAACUGCAAUGGCAACAACUAAAGUGACUGUGCCAUGUCGCCAUUUACCGAGACCUUCCAAGACAAUCCAUCUCUCUGAGCGCCAACGCCUUUCUGCUCUACACACUAUCCAACUGCUGCGCAGAGGUAGACCCGUCCCCUCCUCUCUCUCUCUAUCUCUCCCCUCCUUUAUCUCUACCCUGUCUGUCCACCGUUGCCACCAGGAGUGGCAGAUGUUGCAAUGCAAACACCACCAAACCUGCUCAGCUUUUAUCCGUUUCACCAACUUGAAGGCGUAUCACUGA